GCAUUGCACUGCUGCCGCAUGAUUGGCUAAUUAGAUAAUUGCUUGAAUAAGUACAGUGUAUUCAGACCACUUCAUUUUGUUUUCAUAUUGUAUUAUAUUGUAGCCUUAUGCUAAAAUGCUUUAAAUUAUUUUUUCACAUCAAUCCAUAAUGACAAAGAAAAAAAACAGAUGUUUGAUAACUUUGCAAAUUUAUUAACAAUGAAAAACUGAAAUACCACAUUAUUCAGACCCUUAACUCAGUACUUAGUUGAAGCACCUUUUGGGUGUGAUGCGACAAGCUUUGCACACCUGGAUUUGGGGAUUUUCUGCCAUUCCUCUCUGCAGAUCCUCUCAAGCUCUGUCAGGUUGGAUGGGGACCAUCGGUGGAAAGCCAUUUUCAGGUCUCUCCAGAGAUGUUCGAUUGGGUUCAAGUUUGGGCUCUGGCUGGGCCACUCAAGGACAUUCACAUAAUUGUCCUUAAGCCAAUCUUGUGCUGUCUUGGCUGUGAGCUUAGGAUCAUUGUCCUAUUGGAAGGUGAACCUUUAGCCCAGUCCGAGGUCCUGUGCACUCUGGAGCAGAGACCACUUGAUGCAAUCCAUUCCUGACAGCCCUCCUUGGGGAGAUCAAGCCCAGGAGUUUCAGCUGGUUCUGAUAACGUUGACUUUGAGCCGUCAGCAGAUAUAUUGUUGCCUGAUUAUGAAGAUGAACAGAACCCUGAAGAUGAGGAGGUGCCGGAGGGAGACACUAACUUCAGCAAUGAGAUUAAAGACCUUGCAAAGGAGGGGGAAAUGCCCAUUCAGGAGCUCUUAAAUCUCUAUGGUUAUGGAGACAGCGGGUCACCAGAGGAAGAGGAUGAGGAGGAGGAAGAAGAAGAUGAGGAGGAGGAGGAUGUAGAGGGAGAUGAGGAGGAGGAGGAGGAGGAGGAUGAAGGAGAGGAUAUGGAAAUUGAUGAGAGCAGCAGAAGCACUGAAGAACUGAAGAAGACCCAGGAGGAUGAAGGAAAGAUAUGCAAGGGUUUGGUGAAUGAGAGUCGCUCAACUGACAGUCGAACUUGUGCGGUGAAAACCUGUAACACAGAACUCAAACGAUCACAGAACUGCAACUACUUUCAGAAUAACGAAGUAGAGGAGGAAUCAGAAGAAGAUGAGGAUUAUAUUCCCUCUGAAGACUGGAAGAAAGAGAUUAUGGUUGGCUCCAUGUAUCAGGCUGAAACACCUUCUGGAAUGUGCAAGUACAAAGACAAUGAGAAAGUGUAUGAGAAUGCCGACCAGCUGCUGUGGAAUCCGGAAAACCUUCCAGAAAACACUGUGGUGGAGUUUCUGACAGAAGCAUGUCGACGGACCGGAGAGGAGACGGGAGUAGACGCUAUUCCUGAAGGAUCCCAUAUAAAAGACAAUGAGCAGGCUUUAUAUGAGCUGGUCAAGUGUAACUUCGACACUGCUGAAGCUUUACGAAGGUUAAGAUUUAAUGUUAAAGCAGCCAGAGAGGAAUUGUCUGUCUGGACAGAAGAAGAGUGCAGGAAUUUUGAACAAGGUUUAAAAGCUUAUGGAAAAGACUUCAAUUUUAUCCAGGCCAACAAGGUCAGAACACGGUCUGUCGGAGAUUGUGUGGCUUUUUAUUACAUGUGGAAGAAGUCAGAGCGAUACGAUUUCUUUGCACAACAAACUAGGCUUGGAAAAAGGAAAUACAACCUACACCCAGGAGUGACUGAUUACAUGGACAGACUCCUGGAUGAGACAGAAAGCACUGUGUCCAGUCGAGCAGCCACGCCCCUUCCCGCCCCCUCCAGCAGCAGCGCCAGCCAAUCAGAGCGAGAGGAGACCAGCGCUCACAACGGUAUAGGACUCAACAGUCACAGCUCCAGUGCAGACUCCACACAAACAUCUGGCAGUGUGAACGAGCUGCAGAGUGAAUCUGUCCUGUCAAAUGGAGUAGAUAGUAUAUCCACAGAUCAUCAGGACUCCAACGGCUGUGAACGCACAGACACCCACAACAUGGACACAAACGGCUCUGUGGAGCACCAACAGGACAGACAGUGUCUCGAUAGGCCAACAAAAAAGUGCCGGACAGAAUCAGAAUCGUUGACACAGGUUGAGAUGGACUCUUCCAGGGUGAUGGAAGACUGAAUGAGACCAAAGGUCAGGCCGGAUCCAGAGACUAUGGGGAUGGGAUAGCACUCACCCCAUCCACCCUAAAUCCAAAGCCAAGCUGCUCCAAAAACGCCACCCUCCAACUCAAUCUACAGCCAAUUAAUGGUCCUUUUUCACAAAACCAUUUUUCAGAGACAUGUAAAUUCUAUUUGUAACGGAAUUUGUCCGAUAUUUUUUUACCGACAAGAUAUUUAUAUUUUUAUGGAGACAUUUUGACAAUGGGUGAAUAUGCUGUGUAAGCCAUUAUACAUUAUUCGUGAGAAUGACUGUUGGUGGGCGUGGCCUCUCGUGUAUGCGGGUGUGGUGGUCUGUGUGUAUCCAGGUACAUCAAGCUGCACUUUUGUCCUGUGUGUUGGUUCACGCGACAAACAAAUGCUUCAGUGCUCGGCUUGUUUGUUUCACUGGAGGUGUACAGCGAGCUCCCAACUUUCCUUCAAGAGAUGUAGUACUAAAUAAAUAAGCCAGUGGAAUCUCUCCUCGGUUUGUUUUGUAAAGUGUUUGACAUCAGUGAUGUCUUUCCAGGAACUGGGCGAAUCUCACAAAGAAAUGUCUGGAUUAUAUUUUAUGCCAAAAUGAAAAGGAAAUAUACAAAAAGAGAUUUUGAAUUAAGAAAACGGAGAUGAAAAACAAAUUUGUUUUCAUUACAGUUAAGCACACAUCAACCAAAUUCUUAUUACUGUAAUGCGUUUACUGAAAUGACUUGUGCAUAUGUUACUGUAAUCUCAUCCUUAUUACCAUAAUGUGAUUAGUGGUUUACUUCUCAUAAAUGAUCAUUGAUGAAUCCCAUUACAUUCUUAUAGAUUCAUGUAUUCCAAAAAUGAAAAUCAUCAAAUAAAUCGGCAUAAAUUAAAUUCAGUACAACAAAUACUACCAUGAUGUAUAUUUACAA